AAUCCUCCAAUUGUCGCCGCCCGCGUACACUCGCCAUCGGUAAUGGAUCUACCGCACGAGGUGGUGUACCAUCACCACCUCCCAGUCGACACGACUGAAGAGGAUAUGCGCAUGAUGGAGGAUCAGGUAGAAGCGCAAAUGGAUGAUAUUGAAUAUGGGGCUGAUGUCAGUAUGGAUGGUGCGCUGGCGGAGCCACGUGCAGUCCAUCAGUGUAAUAUCUGCAACAAAAUAUUCGUAUCUUUUAAAGGUUUACAACAACAUGCCGUGAUACACACAGAUCAAAAGCCCUAUCAGUGCGAUAUCUGUGGGAAAUCGUUCCGAUUCAAAUCAAAUUUAUUCGAACAUCGUUCAGUACACACGGGUUUCACACCUCAUUCAUGUCCAUAUUGUGGCAAAACAUGCAGGUUGAAAGGAAAUCUCAAGAAACACUUGAAAACGCAUGUAACGUCGAAGGAUGAACUUGAACGAGCAUGGAGACCAUUUGCGUGGUUAGUCGUAACUAGAAUUUCGCUAGAGGUGUUAACUGCAGCAGCUUUGGGUGUUUAUACCAUUGGUAACCGCCGUCCAGCCGCUGACAUCCCCGACGAUGCAAUAAUAGUCCGAGCGAUUGUUUCUCAUAGUCCUGUUCUGCAAUUUCUUCAACGUAUGCUGGACAUUUUUUGUGAGGCAGCCUUUUUAUUCAGGUUGAAAGGAAAUCUCAAGAAACACUUGAAAACGCAUGUGACGUCGAAGGAUGAACUUGAACGAGCAUGGAGACCAUUUGCGUGGUUAGUCGUAACUAGAAUUUCAUAA